AUGCCCUCUACUUCCUCAUCUCCUGCCUCGUCAACAUCUACAACGAGUUCAUCCACCGUCUCCGAGGGAUCUGGGGAAGAGCCGGGUCCCGUAGAGAAAAAGGGCGAUCAAUUCGCGGCUAUCAUCACCGUGGGGACGAGCACUACAAAACAGGCGGAGACUACGGUAGAUGAGGGUUCCGGAGAGGUCGAAGCGAGCGGCCAAGAAGACACGACCACUACGCAACAAUACGCGCCCGAAGGCUCCGGGGCUACGGUAGAUGCGUCAAAUGGCUACGACCAGCCCGAAUUGCUGCUUCCAGAUCAUUUCACCAGCGAAACGACGCCCAUAAUCACGAUUGCCACAACGAAAAAGGCAUCUGGAUGGAAACCGUUCGUGUUCGAUUGUGCAAAGGAGGAGGACGACCGGGGAAUGCUUUGCCAGGAUUGGGCGGACAGCGGCCUUUGCGAACGGCACAAACCGACACAAUUUUUGUUCUGCCGAAAGACGUGUCUCUGCACUGGGCCGCCCAAUCGAAGGAAACGAAUCAAC